UUCCGAAUCACAAAAUUAAUUAUAAAGAGGCAAACGAAUCAUCCUCCUCGAGUGUCCCUUUACCACCAAAAUAGGCACCAUAACCCAAGUUUUGUUCUCCUCUAACACAACAUAGGUGGAGCAUGCAACAAAGUCUACGAGAGUGUUCUCACCUGUGCCUAAUCCCCCCAUAUCAUGGUUGAAACUAUCAAUUUUGUCGGCGUCUGGAGUAGUAGACGGGUGAAUCCUCGGGAACUGAAGUAGAUCCCGAGCCAAAGCACUAAUUAGUGGUGGAAAGGUGGAGCUGGUGGUGAGAUUUUUAAUAGUGAUUAUGAAGAGAUUGUGAGGACGCGGGAGGUAGAAAGAUGAGUUUUUUGUUAUCAUUUUUUUUUAUUUUAUUUUAAAUUAAAAAUUUAUUCUCAUGUGUUAAUGGUGUGACAUCGAUGUGUCAAUCACGUCAUCAUAAUUCAACGCAUCCUGAUCACCGUCUGGUCAACCAUUAUUUUUAACUGUCAACGAAAUGGUCGGAUACAAAUGUCACAAAAACCUAUUAGUUUGUGCUAGAAUUCUCAUUUGUGAAUAUUUUAGGACAAAAGCGACAUGUUUUGUUAUCUUAAGCCAAUUGGCAUGUCAUGAGAAGUAAGGGUAUUUAAGGUAAAUAUAAUUUAUCGGCCAAACCUUUCUAACCUUUCAAAUUAUUAACCAAAACUUUCAAGAUACAAAGUUUUACUCAAACAUAACUUCGUGUGAGCAGUUUUAUUAGUAAUGCUGACUUUGCAAUACAUGAUGUUGGUUUGGAAGAGACAUGUGAUGAUCAAUAUUGCAGAAUUUUAGUAUUCUAACUAAGAAAAAGGUUACAUAAUUGUUAACAGUAACUAGGGCUGUCAAUUUGGUUUGGUUUGGUUAACCAAACCAUUAAGUAUGAAAAACCAAAAACCAAAACCAUUAACGCCCUUAUUGGGUUUUUGGUUUUGGUUUGGAUAACCAAAAAAUCAACAUGUACUCAUACAUUCAUAUUUAUUCCUAUUUCCCUCCUUUUUAUUGAAUAAACGUCAUAAUAAUGGUAACUAGCCAUAACAAAUUAUUGGUUGGCAUGCGUGUCAAAAGAAACAAAAUUUUUUUUUUGGUGAUAAAUAAUUUUAUUCUUAUUGGUUUCUAUUGGUUUUUCGGUUUUAACCAAACCAAAACCAUUAAGUUGCUUAUUGGUUUAAAACAAAAAAACUGAAACCAUUAGCUUUCCAAUUGGUUUGGUUUCGGUUAAAACCAUAACCAAAUGGACAGCCCUAACAGUAACAGAAAAAUGACAAAUAUUUUGACGUGUUAAAAAUAUUUUAUUAAUAUUUUAUAUUUCGAAAGGUUUGACUACUAACUUAAAAUUUUUAAAAGAUUUAUCUAAUAAAUUAUAUUUGCUUUAUUAUUUACCUAACACUGUUAGAAAAAGUAAUACACUGUAGUAGGGUAAAACAAAAUUCUCUCCCCUUUACUUAACGGAAAACACACAUAUUGUUAUUGAUUAAAAAAUAACAAAACCUUGCUGGAAAAAAAAAAAAAACAAAUAAACGACCGGCAGUAGCCGGUUAGAAAGGGGCGGCAUUCAUACAGUGCCGGCAUCACAGAAUUCCCCAUUAAUUACUCGUUGAUCUUUUUAUUUUGCACGUUGCAGUUUUUCCUUGAGGCUGACUGCCAUUGCUGACCGUUCGGGCUGUGUUUUCUUGUAUAUAUAUAUAUCUACACCGAUGGAGAUUCGAAUCAGUAUCAAAUACUCGAUCAUAGACGAUAACCAUGAUUCCGGCAUCUGUGCUCGACAACAAAACCGUUCUGGUUACAGGUUCAGCUGGAUUUCUUGCAAAGGUUUUUGUGGAGAAGGUGCUGAGGAUUCAACCUGACGUGAAGAAGCUCUACCUUCUCAUGAGAGCUCCAGAUUCCCACUCUGCGGCGAAGCGCCUGCGAGACGAGGUGAUGGAGAAGGAGCUGUUUAGGGUUGUGAAGGAGAAAUGGGGACCGAAUUUCGCGAAAUUCGUAUCGGAAAAAGUGGUUGCUGUUGCCGGGGAUAUCUCUCGCGAGGAUCUGGGAAUCGAGGACGUUGAUCUGAAGAAGGAAAUCUGGAAGGAGACAGACUUGGUCGUCAAUUUCGCCGCCACCACCCGAUUUGAUGAGAGAUACGACGUGGCGCUGGCGACAAAUACCUACGGAGCAGCGCAUGUGUUGAACUUCUCCAAAAAAUGUGCCAGAAUUAAGUUGCUCGUCCAUGUCUCGACUGCGUACGUGUGUGGGGAAGAGGCCGGGAUCAUCAAGGAGAAGCCGGUAAGCAUGGCGAAAGGCGGAAACCACGAUGACGACGACGACGACGAGCUGAUCGUUAAAAUAGUCGACGGCGAAAGGAAGCUAGUCCAGCAACGGUUGCUUCAACUGCAGUCCAAUAAACAACUCUCAUCGGACGGCGGCGACCGAGGGAUUUCGUCUGCCAUGCGGCUCCUUGGCCUCGAGAGGUAUAUAUAUAUAUUCUGGAAUAUAUGGUACUCGAAUGACUACAAGUUUAUUGUUGUGUACUUUUAAUAAUUAUGAAAUGCUAUCUAAGCUUUCAAAUAAUUAAUCAGAUUUUGGGUAUGGUACGAUACUCUAAUCAUUAACGAAAGAAUCCUAAGUUCUAAUUUUCUAAACCACAGAAUCUAAAAUAUCGAAGAUGGAAUAUCUGAUAUGUUGGAUAUAUAUAUUUCAACAAAUCAGAAAUAUCGUCGAUUAUUGUUUUAAUCAAUUAUUUGCUCUUAGCAUAUAUAAUUUAGAGAAUUAGGGACUAGAUUCUACUCAUUAGGGACUAUAUUAUACUUAACAUGGAUUUGGGUAAUAGUAUCAUGUCCAAGGUUGCCAGAUCGAUUUAAGUCAUUGAGUCGAUCGAGCAAUGGUUCAAUUGUCUAAUCGAGAUUCUACCUGUUUGAGCCAUUUUAUAAAUAUGUAUACAAAUAAUAUAGUAACUUAUAAAUUUAAUGAUUGAAA